UUAGACAAUUACCACUUGUAAAAGCAAGGCUUGACGAACUGGUCUAUGGUGGGAAGACACACACAGACCGAAGUGGGAGUUCCUUCCUUUACCUCCCUUUAGUGUAAUUGUACUUUCUUCUUCUUGUUUUUAUUCUUCGUGUGUUUAUAUGUUCUCUUUCCAAAUGGAUUCAAAAGAUACAGAUGAUUCCGUUUCGGAGAAUGGUAGACCUGCAACUCCGCCGUUCGGGUUCGAUGACAUUCCAGGCCUAAACAUCAAAACCGAACAGACAACUGUUGAUACUGUGCUGGGCAAGAGGAGGACUGUGAGUAGCAUCACUAAAAUUGAGCUAGCAUUUGUGACUGUUGCAGCGAUAAGUGUGUUGUCAACAAUUGGACUGACGAUUACAGUGAUUACGUUACUGGAAAAAGCUGAUGAGAAACCAUCGGCUGACUUGGUGUUUGCUAUUGUUCUCCUUAUCAAUUCCUUGUUUUGUUUGUAUUAUGUUGUGGAUGGUGUCUUCUUUGAAAGUGCCUAUGAAAUUGUUGUAUUCGUUGGAGCUGCGUUUAUCUUACUUAUUUACUGUAUUAUUAGUUUCACUCAAUCUACAGGCGAUACUGUUAAGACGGUGCGUUUCUACCUAAUAAUUAUUCUUGGGCCAUGUUGUUUUAUUCUUGGCAGUAUUCUUGCAAAGAAUUAUUAUGAAUCCAAAAAUAUCAUAUUCCGGACUGUUGGAGCAAGUGUCGAACUGCAAAAUAUGUGUGGCUUGAUGUUGUUCUUUCAGACAUUGUUAAAAUUUGACUUACAGCUUGAGGUGAGCAUGGUUGUGUUUGUACUGAGUGAUAAUACUAGCAAUAUUGGAAUGCAAGACUCCCUCAUUCUGGGUUUUGGACUUAUCUACAGUGUUGUUUGGGCAGCAAUAGGCUUUUUAUCUGUGAGGUAUGAAAGCAGGAACUUAGUUAUUUUCUUUUAUGUAACAAGCAUUGCUGAACCUGCCUAUAUCAUAUAUAAAAUGGUUGAUGUGAUUGAUCAUGGUCUAGAAGAUCUGAUAUUGAGCGCUAUUAUAACUUGCGGCGUGAUUGGGCUUUUGAUACGGUUGGUAACAUGCAUCACAAUGUUUUUCGUGUAUAAGAAUUUCGGAAAUGGUCUUAAAGAAAAAGUGUAUGGACAGACAUCUGGAGACACAGCAGCAGUUAUCAAAAAUGAGGGUGCUUCUCAACCUCAACUUCCACCACCUCAGUCAAUAUAACUCCAGUGACUGUACAGCUUACUGUAGCUUCAGGCUCCACCGUCAGAACGAGUGCUUUGUAUUCUCUGCAACAGGCACAAUACCAAAUGUCCAGCUGUUGCAUCAAUGUGAUGUCUGCAACUGUUCUUCCCAGCCACAAAUUUCAUUAUCAUUGCUUCCAGUUUGGCUCAAUUUAUUGUCGGUGACUAGCUUAUGCAUACUAACCUGAUUCUUCCACCACUACAAAUGGAAAGAGAGAACUUUCGCUUAUGCGCAACAAUGUAACGCUAGAAUGGAUUCACUCAAGCAUGACCAUCCUAGUUCUCUGCACAACAUAGAUUUGGUGAAAUUGGGUCCUAGAAUCCACAUGAUGAGAAAUUAAUGUUCUCACAUGCGAAAAUGAUUUCUUAUUCAUCAUUAAUUUCUACGUCGUACUGCUGCAUGCAAUCGAAAACUCCCUAAUGGGAUAUCUGCAACUGUGUACUUCCUGGCCAUAUUAACCGGUUCAGUCUAAUAUUAGUGCUUCUGAUCAUAAUGUUGCAUUCAUAAUGUUGAAGACCUUCAGAAUAAUAAAUAAUAUAAAGUCAAUGUAAUUAUAAACAAGGGGAUGAUGCAGUAUAACGUACGAUGAACAUUGUCAUUAAUCUGCUUUGAUGUUUCUUGGACUUGUCUCAAGUCUAUUGUGAUAUUCUUAUUCACUCGCAAUUAGCAGAAAGAAGAGUGCAAUUAAUUACAUCAAUUGAAACUGUUCAUGUGUAGAAUUCCCGCAGAUCUCAUGGAUUGAUUCCACUACCAAAGAUUCGAGAUUGAAAUUAUUUUUUUAAAUUUCAUAUUCACCCUUUAGGUAGUUUGAAAUCAUGUGGCAAAUAGUUAAAAAUCACAGGAUUUGAACCAAGCAUUUUGGGAUUCAAAGUAGUGCACCUCAACCAUCAGACUACAUGAUUACUCAUAUAAUUUUAUAUUCCUUAAUUUUUGUUGUAAAACUAAUAAUUUUUUUUAGCUAAAAAAGUAUUUUUAUAAGUCUAAUUUCUUUUUAAAUUUCUUUUAAAUUAUGUAAAUACUUUAUAUCGCAAUUAUAUAUAUAUAUAUAUAUACAAAUACAUUUUGUUUUCCAAGUGUAUGAAAAGAUUCAAAACUUAUUCCAAGAUGGAUUAUCAACAGGAGUUUUGAGUUAGAAGAAGUCAUUUCUGGCAUAUAUGUUUAAGCAAGAUUUCUAAUUUUUGCAAUCUAAUUUUGUUUUUCUGCUUCCGGCGGCAAUACAAAUCUACACUGACUUCCGUGAGAAAAAAUAUAAUUAAGUGGUAAUACGGCAAUAAAAAAGUAAUGAAUUUGUGGGAGAUGGGUUAUUUUCCGAGAUAUUGUGGUUCGGUUGGGGGAGUGUGGGAGGCCGUUGUGAUUUACGGGAGACUCCAGCAAUUUGUGGGAGACAUGGGCCUCCUGAAUCAAUUUCAAGAUACACUGUCUGUGUUUUGAGGUAAUGAAAAAAAAAAAAUAGAUGUGGAUUUUUUGUUUAUUGAAGUACCAAAAAGACAUUAAAGCAUUCAUUUGAAUUAAUAACCUAUAAGAAGAAAUGUACACUUCCUCCCAAAUUAAGAGUCUUAAUUAGUAUUGAUCAUUAGAAUUAUAUCACUAUUCAAGUAGUGUGGAUUACAGUAUUAUUAACUCUUGUAUGUACAUCUAACUUUAUAUUCCAUUUAAAGUAAAUGCAAAGAGUAAAUUGUAUACAGUAUUGAUGAGAGGAUAUUGUGUUACAAUUUGAAUGUGGCUGUUUUGGGACAAUCUUAGUAAAUGCAUAAAGUGGUACAGAACAUGUUUGAUUACGCAGGACAGAUUUGGGAUAGGGUGGGGAUCUUGGGAUGGAGAUAGCUAGAUAGUUUUCAAUGUCAGAGUUUUUAUUCAAUCUUUCGUAGAAUUGUGUUUAUAUAUAUUGGUGCAUCUAAGAUUAAUACUAUUAUCAUUAAGUUGAUAUCAUUUUAUAAUGUAAGUAGGCAAUUGUAUCUUUGGACAUACUUUUAUUUGAAUAAUGCGAUCCAAAUAAAAGUUCUUUUACACGCUAAA